AUGGCCAGGUUUGACAUAGUAGUGUUCCUAAGACAGAUUUCAGAAAACAAUAACGAGAUAAUCAAGUCUCCUGAGGAGAAAAUACCGGAAGAUAAGAUCAUGUUUGAUUAUUUAAGAAAUAUAGAGAUUUAUAAAGACACGAAAACCAGUAUUGACAAGUGGCUUCGUAGAUUUGAGGCGGCUAUAACACUAAGUAAGGUUACUAAUGAGAAUGAAAAGAAGACCACACUCCUAUUUUUCUUAGAGGAUGAUGCUGCUGAUUUUGUAGAAAAUAUUGAAGAAUACCCAUUUGCUGACAUCUGUAGAAAACUGAGAGAAAGAUUUAAUAGUCAAAAAUCUGCCAGAUCUGCUAAAGCUAAGUUAUGUACGUUUAAACUAGACUUGAAACAUCAUGGUAAUGUGGAAAACAGACUGUUAGAACUAAUAAAAUUGAUGAAAAAUUCUAUGCUUUUGAGUGAUGAGAAGAAGAUUGAUUUUGAGCAACAAUGA